CUGUUGCCAGAGAAAGAACAUUUGGGCAUCUCUAUCAAACUUCCAGGUAGCCAGACACAGAGAAGAACCCAGGAGCACCACUACAGCGUUUGGAGUAGUCCUACCCCUCCAGAAGGAGGUGAAGGGUUAAAGCUGUCCUUUUACCAAAGAAAGAACAUCUGGGGUUUUCUUCUAUAAACAUUGCUGCUUUUUAACAGAAUUGACCAACUUAAUAGCUGCCUUUCAAUUAUGGCAGAAACUGAGGUCCCACCUAAAUUAUUUAAUUUUAAAGGAUGUUAUUUUCAUUCAGACAUCAUCAUACCUGAACAUCUUGAGAGACUAGAAGAUUUUGUAGUCAGGGAUACUGAUAUAUUUUUAGUCACUUAUCCAAAAUCGGGAACUGUGUGGACCCAGAACAUUAUGUGCUUGAUUUUGAAUGAAGGUCACCGGAAUGGAACUGAGAACACGAUCACAUAUUAUCAGGCUCCAUGUCUAGAUUACAAUAUAACUAAUGUGGAUUUUACCAAGCAACCAUCACCUCGUAUCAUAAUAGCCCACCUGCCCUAUUAUUUGGUUCCAAAGGGGCUGAGAGACAAAAAAGGAAAAGUCAUUUAUGUAUACAGAAAUCCUAAAGAUGCUAUGGUAUCCUCAUUUCUUUAUUUAAACCCAACAGAAGGAUUAGGAAAAUCAUCUGCUUUGGAGGACUACAUGCAGCAGUAUUUAGCUGGGAAGGUUGCUUGCAGCUCUAUCUUUGAUCACGUGAAAGGGUGGUACACCCAUAAGAACGAGUUCAAUGUUCUCUUCCUUUCUUAUGAAGAGAUGAUUAAGGACCUUAGAGGCACCGUUUUAAAAAUCUGCAGUUUUGUGGGAAAGCAAUUAAGCAGCCAGGAGGUUGACAAAGUUGUGGAUCUGGCUACAUUCAAGAAUAUGAAAGCUGAUCGUAGGGCAAAUAAUGAGAUUGUACUUGGAAAAAUUUUCAAGCAAGAGAACGUUAAACAUCUACGCAAAGGUACCAUUGGAGACUGGAAAAAUAUAAUGACAGUGUCACAGAGUGAAAGAUUUGACAAAGUCUUUCAGGAGAAAAUGAAAGACAUACCUCUCAAAUUCAUCUGGGAUAUUAAAGAGAUACAAAACCAUGAUUAGCAUGGACACUGAAUAAGAAGACAAAACCUCCCUCUCAUCAGGCAUAGUUUUUUGCUCUGCUAAAAAUGUUAACUAGUUUGAAAUACAAUAUAUCAAUAUACUAAUUGAUAUUUGCAAAUAUUUUUUGAAAUAUUAUAAAAUGUUUCUGGGAAAGUAUAUAUUAAAGGGAUGUUUAAAAUAA